AUGCCAGCUAGUCACGUUGUCGAGCCCAGAAAGGGAUAUGCGCACACCCACACUAUCAUCCUCCUCCACGGCCGCGACAGUACGAGCGCCGAGUUCGCCAGCGAGCUUUUCGAGAGCGAGGCCUCGGCCUUGGAUUCAUCAGAGGACAGCAAAAGGACCUUGCCGGAUCUCUUGCCGACAAUACGAUGGGUGUUCCCUACAGCGCCGAUGCUGCGGUCGGCACGCUUCGACACGGACAUGUCACAGUGGUUCGACAUGUGGUCCACCGAGAACCCGGACGAGCGGCCUGAAGUACAACUGCCGGGGCUGAAGGACAGCGUCUCUGCCUUGGUGGAAGUCGUCCGAGAGGAGGAGAGGGACGUGGCAAGGGACAGGAUCUUUAUUGGCGGUAUCAGUCAGGGCUUUGUGGUCGCUGUGGCGGCUUUCUUUGCUGGGGAGGCCAUGUCCGGGCUCGCUGGACUGAUUGGGCUGAGCAGUUGGAUGCCGUUGUCUGGCGAGCUGGGUGAUGAGGACGGGCGGGAGCAGCUCAGAUUAGUGUUUGGAGAGACCAGCAGUGGGCCCUUCUCGGGGCCCAUCUCAGGGCCCAGAAGUCCGGUGCCUGUUUUCCUAGGCCACUCGAGUGACGAUCCUGUCGUCUCUGUAAGCCAUGGCAGGGCGUUGAGGGACACACUCAAGCGGUUCUCAGAUAUAUUUGGGGAGGUGGAAUGGCACGAGUACGAGGAUGGAGGCCACUGGCUGAACGAGCCCCAGGGUGUGGACGAUCUUGUUGCCUUUCUGAAGAAACACAUGAAUGCUGUGUUGAGCGCUUGA